CCAUAUUGAGGUCAGAGGAAAGCGUUGCCAAGGCGACCAGCUUGCUAGGGAGGACACUGCGGCGCGCGUCACACGCCGGGAACGAGCGUGCCUGCGUGCCUCGAGAGGGGGGGGGGCACGUGCGCGUGCGCGUGCGACAGCUAGCCGAGGCGGUCACACACACACACACACACACACACACAGCAGCAGCAGCAGCAGCGGCGGGAGCAGAGGCAGCAUCUUCUAACAAGACUACCCGGACGACCGCGCAGUCUUUUUUUUACCAAGCCGAAGCUUGCACCGUGACUUGGGUACCGGGCGCUUGGCAAUGUCGGAGCUCUCUCUUUAGGGGAUUUAUUGAGGAUUUAUCGACGAAACGACCGGAGGGGGUUGGAAGAGAGAAAAAAAAAAACUGAGAAGCUGCGACCAUUGGUCAACACAGGUGACACUUCCCGGGCUGUCAGACCCCGCAGACACGUCCGAGGUUACUUGGAGGGUUGUUUUGUCGUAUUAAGGCGUCGAUAAAACUAAACAGACAUUUUUUUUUUGAGGCUAACCGGACUGUCAGCCGAGAAAUUAAUUAAUAUAUCGCCGUGCUGAAGAAGACGAGGACCGAGCCGAGCCGAGCCGAGCCCGCUCGGAUGGGGAUUCGUACUUUAUCCUGCUGUACGUGGUGUUUAACGCAGUAGAGCAGCUUUAUUUUGUCAGUGUCUCCAGUCAUGAAGUCCCACCUGCCGGCCCGGUUGGAUUGAACGAGGUAGAGCAGUGGAGGGCAUUUUUACUAUUUUUAUUUUUUAAAUUCUUUUUAAUAAACAAGCACUUUUUUUUUGCUCUGCUUGACAUUUUGCCGCCGCCUGAGGAAGGUUUAGUGAAAGAGGACAAGGAGGAGGAGGAGGAGGAGGACGAAAUCUCAGGAAAAAAAAAAAAAAGCCCAUCAGUGGGAAUCUGGCAGCCCACCAGCACCAGUGGAUCACAAAUUAACAGCAGGGCGUAGCUCUGCUUCUGUGCUGGGAUCCCCGUCUGCUUCUCCAAACUGGGUGAUGCGCUGACCGCCAUCUGCUCUAGAAUUCAGCUCUUCAAAUCAAAUGAUCUGGAUUAUAGAAGACCAAUAGGGAUGGAACGUAACAGAACCAUGGCUCGGGAAGCGUUUCGAAUCGCCAUUGCUCAGAAUCAACACUGACCUGGCACCCACACCGAGGUCUGACCUCCUUCGCCAGCACCCUGAGGACCCUUCUUUGCCCUCCAUCUCACCUUCUCCACGAGGUCCUGGUCUGGAUCAAACCUCCAAAAAAAAAGCUCCUUUUAGUCUUUUGUUGUUUUAAUCCCCCUCUUAUGCUUUACCUUCCAGACUGUUGGUUAUAAUCCACAUUCCCUCAGAGAAAGUACUCCAAACAGACUAGAAGCAGGUGGCUGAACAGUAUGAAUCCAGUCAUGUACCCCCUUCCACUUGCUCUAUGUAAACAAAGCCGGCGAGGUUUGUUGCCCAGGACACGCCCCCUUAGUCUCAUGACAGACUGGUGCCUAAUGGGUGUGCUAGGCCUCAUCCUGCUCCUCAGCCUGGCCUCGAGCCAGAAGAUAGACCCCUCCAAACACCCCAUAGUCACCACCAACUACGGCAAGCUCCGAGGCAUCAAGAAGGACUUGAACAAUGAGAUCCUGGGCCCUGUAGAGCAGUACCUGGGUGUCCCCUAUGCCACAGCACCCAUCGGCGACCGUCGCUUUCAGCCACCAGAAGCCCCGGGAUCCUGGCAGGAGAUCCGCAACGCCACCCAGUUUGCCCCCGUGUGCCCUCAGAACGUCCACGGCGUGCUCCCGGAGAUUAUGCUGCCCGUGUGGUUCACCGACAACCUGGACGUGGCGGCGGGCUACAUCCAGAACCAGAGUGAGGACUGCCUCUACCUCAAUGUCUACGUGCCCACGGAGGAUGGUCCGCUCACAAAAAAACAUGAUGAAUCUUCAAUGAACAAGCCUCGAGACGAAGAUAUCCGUGACCGCAGGAAGAAGCCGGUGAUGCUGUUUAUUCACGGAGGCUCCUACAUGGAAGGCACCGGAAACAUGUUUGACGCCAGCGUCCUGGCCGCCUACGGCAACGUGAUUGUGGUGACCAUGAAUUACCGGCUCGGUGUGCUCGGCUUCCUCAGUACCGGUGAUCAGUCCGCUAAGGGGAACUACGGCCUGCUAGACCAGAUUCAGGCCCUGCGCUGGCUCAACGAGAACAUCGGCCACUUUGGCGGAGACCCAGAGAGGAUCACCAUCUUCGGCUCCGGAGCUGGGGCAUCCUGCGUCAACCUCCUCAUCCUUUCGCACCACUCGGAGGGUCUCUUCCACAGGGCUAUAGCCCAGAGUGGAACUGCCAUCUCCAGCUGGUCUGUCAACUACCAGCCGCUCAAAUACACCAAGAUCCUGGCACGGAAGGUGGGCUGCACCUACACGGAGACAGCCGACCUGGUUGACUGCCUGAGGCGCAAGAACUUCAGGGAGCUGGUGGACCAGGACAUCCAGCCAGCUCGUUACCACAUCGCUUUUGGCCCUGUGGUGGACGGAGAUGUGGUGCCAGAUGAUCCUGAGAUCCUCAUGCAGCAGGGGGAGUUCCUCAACUAUGACAUCCUCAUAGGAGUGAAUCAAGGAGAAGGCCUGAAGUUUGUGGACGACAGCGAGGACAACGACGGCAUCUCCGCCGCAGCGUUCGACUACACCAUCUCUAACUUUGUCGACAACCUCUAUGGCUACCCGGAGGGCAAAGACAUCCUGAGGGAGACCAUUAAGUUCAUGUACACAGACUGGGCGGACAGAGACAAUGGCGACAUGCGAAGGAAGACCCUCUUAGCUCUGUUUACGGAUCACCAGUGGGUGGCGCCGGCAGUGGCCACCGCUAAACUCCACGCCGAGUUUCAGUCGCCAGUUUACUUUUACACGUUCUACCACCACUGCCAGACCGAGACGCGACCCGAAUGGGCCGAUGCCGCCCAUGGAGAUGAGAUACCGUACGUGUUCGGCGUACCCAUGAUUGGUGCCACAGAUUUAUUCCCAUGCAACUUCUCGAAGAAUGAUGUGAUGUUGAGCGCUGUGGUCAUGACUUACUGGACCAACUUUGCCAAGACUGGGGACCCCAAUCUACCAGUCCCUCAAGACACCAAAUUCAUUCACACCAAGCCUAACCGCUUUGAAGAGGUCAUCUGGACCAAGUUCAACUCAAAGGACAAGCAGUACCUCCACAUUGGCUUGAAACCUCGUGUGAGAGACAAUUACAGGGCCAACAAGGUGGCUUUUUGGCUGGAAUUAGUCCCCCACCUCCAUAGUCUGCACGAUGUGUUCCCCACCACUACCCGUUCGCCGCCAGGCCCUGGCCCAGGAGCCCACAGACCCUGGCCCAGAACCCCUGGCCCUCGCACCACUCGUCACCCCUACCCUACCUUUCCUUCUGAUCCGGAGCCCGAGGGUUCAGAGCGUCCACACCAGGACCUCUUUCCAGGAGACACCCGGGAUUACUCCACUGAGCUGAGUGUGACAGUUGCUGUUGGGGCGUCGCUCCUCUUCCUCAACAUCCUGGCAUUUGCCGCACUUUACUACAAGCGUGACAAGCGUCACGAGAUGCGACGCCACCGACUGUCUCCUCAGCGAGGCGGACCUGCCAACGACCUGGCUCACAGCCAGGAGGAGGAGAUCAUGUCCCUGCAGAUGAAGCACUCGGAGCACGAUGCUCACCAUGACAUGGAGCCACUCCGGCCACAUGACAUCCUACGGCCCGCCUGCCCACCUGACUACACACUGGCACUGCGCCGUGCUCCCGACGACGUGCCGCUGAUGACACCUAACACCAUCACCAUGAUCCCCAGUACUAUCACCAGCAUGCAGCCUCUUCAUGCCUUCAAUACCUUCCCCUCCACCGGCCACAACAACACCCUGCCCCAUCCCCACUCCACCACCAGGGUAUAGUAGGGACUGGCCCGACACAGUGCCACCUAAGGACCAGGAAGACUGGCUCUGCCACUGAUCUAGAAGGGAGGCCUCUGGAUGUGGGCCUUUGUUCUGUUCUGUUCUUCUCUUGUUUCUCCAACAAUAACUCCACCUCCUCCAUCGUGUGCUGUCAAACUCCACUGGUGGCGAGUGGAGAAGCAACUGAACUGCACGGCAGCAGAUGAUCAGUUUGGGGGUGAUUUAGAUCUUUUAAAGAUACUGUUUUCAAAGAAGGUCUGCUGUUUCCAGACUAAAGCCCCCUGACAUUUGUCAAAGGGACAAAAGCUUUUGGUCUCUUGCUGUUUUUUACUUUGGUGUCUUCUCUUUUUUCUGUCCCUGGUAUGUUUUGUGCAUAUAUCAUUCUCUUUUCUACAUCCGUGUCUUAUCCCUGCUUUGUUCCUCUCAUUCGACAUGUGAUCCUCUCCCUCUCCCAGCGCUCCUCCGCUCUAAGGAUUCAUAAACUGAGCUGAGAGGGCAUAGAGUACAUACAGUAAUCAUAUAGCUAUGAAAAACGCUGAUAUCUGAUACUUUCAUUCUACCAGCAUUCUUGGUGCCAAGUAUGUACUACUGUGUUUGCUUUCUCAUCGAGGGAGAAAAAAAGUGAAGAAAAAUUCUAGAGUAUUUACUGUCAAUUAACAGCUGUGUGUUCUCAUGACAACGUGCCAAACUGGCCCUUGAUUGUGUUGCUUUCUUUAGUUCAUCAUCUGUUUGUUUUGGUUUCCGAGCAUUUGUUUAAUUGUUGUUUUUUGUGGAAAGAUUUUUUGCUGAAAAUAUAGAUAUAGAGAAAUGAUAUUAUAUAUAGUUAUAUAUAAAUGUGUACAAAGGAGAAAGUAUAUAAAUUGGUUUUCUCAGUGGGGAUCUAUGCAUGAAUUAUUUUUAAAGAUGAUGACGGGGGAAAGGACACUGUAUCUGUCAAUGCACGUUUCCCAAAUCUAAUCAAAUCAUAUCGUCCACUCUGGAGAUUUUCUUUGUUUGGUUUUACCUCACAGAACAAGAACAUUCGCAGAACAUUUUGCAGGAACCCAACAAAAUCCCCUUCACCUCCCAAUGCCAGUUCACUGGAAAACAUUCAUUUCCACAAAUCUCACAAGAUGUUUAGGCUCAAAGCAACAACUGUGAACAUACACUUCUUUUCAUUUCCUCCUUCAUGAGGUUACUUAGAGGUAUUUCUCCAACCAGGUAAUGCAGCACGCCAACAGUAAGCCCAUCAUCCUACUGUAGCUCCUUUUUCUUUCCCUCUGUACGGAGAUGAUUGUUUUCUUCGGGUACGCCAGGUAGCGAUCUGUUGUUGUAGCUUGCCUGUACAGAAUUAUUUUUGUAUCUUGGUGAGGGUGAGAAACAAAGCAGAGACAGGCAGCUUUAGCUCUUUUACAUGCACCCUUCUUUCUCCUGUCUGCGCCCCUAUUUCCAGCACAUGCAUAUUCUGUUCGAUGUGUGCCUGUGAGAGAAAGAGUAUGUGUGUGUGAUAUCAGAACCGCUUCACAUGGGCAUAGUUGGACCCUAAUUAGACAGCAAAGAGAUAGAGAGGCAGACAGGCAGGAUCACCCCCGCCCCCCAAAAACUUAGACUCCAAAAUGAGCUCCUUCCUGCUGCGUACCCAAACACCCGCCCCCCUCCAUAUCAACAUCACUUCCUCCCCUCGUUCUCUCCGGUAGUACAAUAGCUUUGUGCUCAAGACUGACGCCCAUAUUGCGGUGAUCACCCAAAACUCCCCCUGCUGUGACCCCUAAAACACCUGACAUCACCGCGUCAGCAUCAGUUGUAAAUUAAACUCUAA